AUGCCCGAUCGCCCUUUGACAAUCGCCACGUAUGCGGCAGGAGCCUCCCUUGCAGCCGUAACGCUCGUCUACGUUUUUGGCCCUACCUUCUUCCUCGACGAUGAAGCAGCGCAAAGUUCCCGCUCGUCGCGAAAAGUAGGCGUUGUGGGACUGUCCAAUCCCGCGAACGACUGCUUCAUCAACAGCGUGUUGCAGGCGUUGGCGGGGCUACCUGAGUUGAGGGCGUAUUUGAUCAGAGAGGUGCAUCGGAGGAGCUUGGAGGGGGAGAGUUAUGUGAGUCUGGAAGCUUGGGAGGAGGAGGAAAGGAGGAACCCGGAGAGGAAGAAGGUGCCGGAGUGGAAGAUGUUGGGGCUGCAGGAGGGAUUGGUGACCAAGGGAUUGAAAGAGGUAUUGGAUGCAUUGAAUGAGAGGCCGAUCUGGAAGAAGACCAUUUCUGCAGGGUUGUUUAUUCGGUGUGUGGAGGGUGCUUUGAGGACGAGGAUUAGUCGCUCUCAGCAGGAUGCGCACGAGUUCCUACAAGUUAUUGUUGAGAGGCUGGGCGAAGAGUGGAUGGCGGGGAAGCGGGUGAGGAAGCACCAAUUGGGUGAUUCACUGGACGAGUUAUCAGGGAAAGAAGAAAAGGAUGGAGAUGGAGCAGAUUCCACGGCAUUCCCACUCCUCGGCCAACUGGAAUCGACCAUUGAGUGCUCCCACUGCCACUUUACGCCGAAACCGUCAGUGUCCUCCUUUCUUACCCUCACCCUGACGGUUCCCCACGAUUCUACCUCUUCGACCCUCUCCACCUGCUUCGAUGGCCUCUUUAAGGUGGAGCAGAUUGAAGACUUUAAAUGUGAUCGCUGCCRACUUGAACACGCGCUCAGCCUCACCACCAAACAACUCCUCAAAACAUCCCUUUCGCCGGAAACCCGCGCCGCUCUCGAAUCAGAUCAGUCCGCGCUCGAGACCUCAAUCGCCAAUGACCCUGAAGUUCCACCGGAAGGCGUCACCCUCCCUCCUCUCAACACAGCCCCAACACGACGAAUUGCACGACACACUCGCAUUUCCUCGUUUCCCUCGAUACUGGCUGUUCACCUUAGCCGUUCUGUUUGGGACCCUUCGGCCAGCUCAUCCAAGAAUGUAGCCAAGGUUUCCUUCCCUGAAAGUCUGCCUCUCGGAGGACUUUUGGAUCGUCGAGAAUAUCGUCUCCUCGGUGUUGUCACGCACAAAGGCGGACAUAAUAGCGGUCACUACGAGAGUUUCCGUCGACAGGUCUUGAGCCCACCAUUUAGUACUCCUGUGGGACUGGGAAGGGAUCCGAAGGGUGUUUAUAGUGCGAUUGCCUCUCCCCGAGACAGUCCCAGAUUGUCCGCACAGGAUUCACAUGCUGAAGAUGAAGGUGAGGACGGCAAGGCGGAGAAGAGGAAAGUGACUUCGAGUCCUCCGCUUGACGCGAUUCCUACCCCUGGAUUACCGAGUCCUCCAAAAGCGAAAGCUGCUCCAGAGAGGCAGGGGAGUGUAGUGGCAAAUAUGAGGGCCAAGGUCAGGAGGAAAGGUGGGGAGAGGUGGUGGAGGAUCUCGGAUGAGAAAGUUAGAGAGUGCAAGACGCAGGAGGUUUUAGGGAUGCAGAGGGAGGUCUACCUGUUGUUUUAUGAGAGGGUCGAGACGGGGUAG